GUCGUUUUGAAUUUCCAGGUAAGCGAAACAAACCUGUCGACGCCCCCGAGCUACUCGCUCCCAGGAUUUCUGGUGCUCCACAGCGCUGCAGAGUGACGCAGAGUUUUGUGGUGGACAAAAUCUUAUCUUGUGGCGGUUCAGCGCUCUGAACAUCCAACAGCAGAAAUGACGUUUUCCUGUAUUCUGUGUGACGAAUUGUCUGUUCUUUCCCCUCUUAGUAACGCCUCUGUAGAACCCACUGCGGGGCGGCGCGUGUAUGCGUGGAGGUUGCCUUCUCUGUCCGGCUUUUCGCACGUUUGCUCCUGUGGCAUUCCGUUUCCAACAUUCGUGUUUGUACUGGGGUCCAGUCAUCGGAAAUAAUCUUGCUCGGUUUCUCGUACUUGCUCGUGGAACUCGUCGCGGUUUCUGGUUGGCCGUUUACCAGUUAUCGCGGCGAGCCCACACACACGGUUUCCCGUGACAGGCGGGGUUCUCGUGAUCCAAGUUUCCUUUCCGUGCGAGGCUUUGUCAGAUCUACGGUUUUACUUUCUCCGCGGUUUCCUCAGUCACACCCUUUCCUGGGGUGUCGACUGUGGGAGGGAUGUUUCUGUCGCCACUGCGGGCAGCUGCCCCCCUCCUUCACCCCCACGCUCUGCUAAACGGUUCUUGUUUCACUAUUUUCCUUCUCACUGUGCACACCCCUUCCCGUAGUAUCGGCGAUAGUCUGCUCGUCGUAAUGUUUGUAGGAACAAGUUCCGGAUUCCAGCUUUUUAUGUCAAAAAACUUGUCUUCUGUCUGUCUUGCGACAGACUCGGAUUUCUGGGGUGUUGUCGGCUCAACUGAGUCACUGUGAUGAGGGAGCUUCGUAGACUGUAUGGUUACAUGUUCCGAAAGGACCGCCAGUUCUUCGAGAUUGCGCGUUUCUUGAUCCGUGUCAUUUCGCGAGUGCCUGUGCCCUCGUACGGUUUUCAGCAUGUUUCCUUGUGCUUCGUCCCUGUUUGCAGAUUCACCAUGGCACCUAAGGAGAAGAAGACUAAAGAGCAGAUCGCGGCGGCCGCCGCGGCUGGCAGCCGAAAGAACAAGAAGAAAUGGUCCAAGGGCAAGAGCAAGGACAAGCUCAACCACUCCGUUCUCUUCGACAAGGCAACCUACGACAAGCUGCUUGCCGACAUCCCCAAGGCUCGUCUGAUCACCCCGCACACUGUCUGCGAAAGACUGAAGGUGAAUGCGUCGCUGGCGCGUCAGGCCAUCCGCUACCUCAAGGACCAAGGCCUGAUCAAGAUUGUCGGCGAGCACCACCACUCCCAGUACAUCUACACCAGAAACACCAGUGCCUAA